UCUCGCGCCAGACGUCGAGAAAAAAUGGCGUCUUACCGGUUAUGGUUGGCCUUUUCGAUCGGUGCAGCAUGCGCCUACUACGCACCGCCGACGCGGAGGCGCGUCGCGCUGCGUAACACGGCACUAAACUACGCGGACACCGAUGUGGCUGUGGAUUCUUCUGCUGAUCGCGCGCGCGCCCUCGAUUCGCUGCGAAAAAAAGGCGACAAGGCUGCCGUAAAAGCGCUCCAAGCUGACGACGUCGCCGAUAUAGUGGUCAUAAUCGACGGUCUCGACGUCGACGUCACCGAAUACGCAAGAGAACACCCGGGCGGCGCCGCGGUCUUGCGCAAAUUCCACGGCAAGGACGCGAGCAAGGCCUUCCACGCCGCGAAGCACAGCAAGGCCGCGCUGGACCGCAUGAAGGCGCUCCAGCCCGAGGCGAAGGCGAAGCCGGUCUCGCGCGCGUCCAAGCUCUUCACGCACGAGGACCGGUCGCAGGUGCACAAGGUGCUCGGACUCUGGUGCCUGGGCCACUACGUCGUCCGCAUCCACCGCGGGAUCUGGUCGGCGGACCCGACGGGCGGGCUGACCGCGCUCAGCGCGGUGCCGUGGCUCUUGCCCCACGCCCUAUUGUCAUUAUCCUCCAUCAAGUUCCACGUGCCCCGGGAACGUAUCGCGAAGAAGCCGAUGAUCUGGCAGGAGUUCCGCAUGCACAACAUCAUCUUCGCGCUGCGGUCGUUUGUGUGUGCGGCGCUCGCGGCCGCGUCGUUGCACGCUUCUACGAUCACGAGGCAGCGCGCAGCGGUCGGCGCCGCGUGCACGGUCUUCGCGUCGCUCGUCGCGGCCGACGUCGCGACCUGCGUGGAAACCAAAUUUCGGGUCCGUAGCUGCUCGAUGGCGUGAUUUCCACACAGGUCGCCACGAUCAAGCUGCGCGAGGACGCGUCCGAGACGACGACGGAGACGAUGCCCUACUGGGCCGGCGCCUCGCCCUCGACCAUCAGGCGCUUCAAGGGCUUUUAUGCCUACUGUCAGUGGAUGGCGACCCUCGGCUGUUUGGCCAACGGCAACCCGCUCUGGCCGCUCUGCAUCGCGCUGCCGAUCCAGCUCGCGUCGCUGCUGAUGACGCUGGUGCGCAAGGGCCUGCUGACGGCGCGCGGCUACCACCUCCUCUACACGGCGUCGCUCUGCGUGCCGUUCGUCGUCGGUGAGUGUUUCGGCGUCGAAUCCAAGCGUCGAUGGCGUACGAAGGAGUGACGGUCCCGCCACGCCGUCGAGCAGACGUCGCGUCGAUGGCGUGGGGGGGCGUGCGCUGACGUGAUAACUCACAGGCCUCGCGCGCGGCGGCGCGCCAUUCCUCGCCCUGACGCCGGCCGCCUACGCGCUCCUGUUUGCAAGGAGGCGCCUCGGCCGCGCGCCACAGUGGAAGUACCUCAUCUGGGCACCUGUCCUCGCGGCACGCGUCCUCGCCGGGGACCACGCGGUCUUCCGGGCCUUCCUGUAAAUUCUCUUUUAGACACAC